GAUGUUAACCUAAUGGUUUAGUAUACUCAUUUCUAACAUCUCACAAUAAGUAAAACGACCAUGAUAAUAAUUUUACAGGACAGAUUUAUAGCACAUUUAAAAAAACAAUGGUAAUUCGAAGUGUACAGAAUACAGUAAAAGAGACAGUUGCAUGCAGUGUGUGUAUAAUGAUGCCAAAGCAACCAUCAGGCAUGCGUAGCUCCAACCUCUCUCUCUCUCUCUCUCUCUCUCAUCUGUGCCAUCAUACAAUAACAGUGCUCUAAAAGCCUAUUCUCACCAUAGCAACCUCAGAUGAACAUAAAACACUUAACCGAUAUCAGAGGGGGUGGAAAGACCGGACUUACAUGUUAUGUCACCCUGAGAAAUCUGUUCAUCAGCACACUGAAGAGAAGAAGCAAGACAUCAUGGAGUAACUGGCACUCACAGAUACUUGGCAAGGGCAGGAGCCAGUUGUCCGCCCACAUAAUCCCGAACUCCCACGACAUGACAGGCUGUACACGCCUCCAGAUCUCCUGUGGCUCAAAGCUUGAUACGGGACACGCAUUCACACUAAGCAAAACACUUAAACUGUAAUCUCUUUUCGCUGUCAGUAUGAGUGCACACACUGCACAAAAGUUCACCCAAAAAUGUAAAUGAUAUCAUCAUUCACUCAGUCUGGUGUCCAGAUCUACAUGACUUACUUUCUUCUGUGGAACAUAAAAGAAGAUUCCGAGGAAAUGUCUUUUUAGGCCCAUACAAUGGAUGUCGGUGGUCACAUUCUUCAAAAAACCAACACAUGAAAGAAAGCCAUACAGGUUUGGAAUGAAAUUAUAGUGAAUAAAGGAUGACAGAAUUUACAUUUUUGGGUGAACUAAAAAAAAAAAAAUUGUUUUAUUUAAAACAGACUUAAGGCAUGCAUUACUAAAACUAUCACUCAUACAAUUUUUAAAAGCUUUGUGUUACAGACACAAGUUAUAUUAUAUAAAUGAUAUAAAGUUAUAUAGAUUGUGUGGCUUGUUGUGGACAGAUUGGGAAUUUUUGCCAUGGUGAACUAUUAAAUGGUUGGGGGGAAAAACUAUAGACAUACAAUGAAAUUCUAAUAAUAUCACUAAAAUGUUCUCCAUGUGUUGUUUCUCCUCUAUAUGACAGACUGCCAGUAAAGUUAAUGAAAACCACUAAAAUAGUAAUUGCAGCCACUGUUACCAUGACAACUGCAUCUCUAGAUGGAAUUACAGCAGAAUUAAGAUCGAUGUAGAAAUUUUGGAGACAUUGAGACAAUGACUUCACAGGUUAUGCGACCACUCCAGUGAUUUACGCAUACUAAAAAUGUAUCACGCUUUAAAUAUAGGUCAGUGACAGUCCAAUUUAGUGAUGUAACCAAACUGGCUUAGAAUCUUUAACUGCUUUAAACUUUUACCACCCCCUGGUGGAAUUAGUGUAUAGUUACCCAGAAACGCACUUGUACAACUGUCUAUAUACCCUUUUAGUGCAGCAUUAUCUUUACUAAAGAGCAAUGAAAACGCAAGGAGUACUUUAUAAAGCUCACUUUUUUUAUGCCAUGACCUUUGCUUCCACAGACUGCUCUCCUGCCAUGGCCCAUGCAGGCCCAGAGGUGCACUGGAGGUGGUUGGAGCUCCAUGACUCUGUGUCUCUGGGGUCUGUGGAGAGGAAGGUCCGGACGGCUGCAGGGACCAGACAGUGGAGGAUCCAUCGUCGACCCAAACCCAGACACUCUCUCCUGGAUGAGCGCAGACUGCAUCAUGCUGCUUGGGAGGGAUGUCUGGACCAAGUCAAGACCAUGCUGGAAUGUGGCGUGCCUGCUAACUGCCAGGACCCGUAUGGUUGGACAGCUGUCCACCACGCCUCUUUUAAGGGUCAUCUCAUGCUGAUCAAGUUCCUGUUGCAAACCGGCCAGGUGGAGGUAAAUAGCCAGGACUUCUUCAACUGCACUCCCCUGCACCGCUCCUGCAGUGGAGGAAACCCAGAGACCACAGACCUUCUCCUCCAGAAGGGGGCGUCUCAUUCAGCGAGGUCCUGCUCCGGCCAGACGCCCCUUCACCUGGCUGCAGCCAGCGGACACCUGGGAACAGCUCGGGUUCUGCUGCAGCACUUGGCCUCACCGGACCCCGAGGACUUUCAUAAGUGGACGCCUCUGCACUGGGCAAUUUUUGGAGGCUGGGGGGAUGUGGCAGAGCUCCUGCUAGAUAAUGGGGCAGACGUAGAGGGAGGAAAAGGUGUGGGCAUGAGCCCUCUACAGCUGGCGGUGUUGGUGGGGAAUGAGGCAGGGGUGAGGCUACUGCUCCACCGAGGUGCAGAUGCCAAUAUGAGGGGUCCUAACGGCCACACAGCCAUGCACCUUUGUGCCUGCUCUGGAGACAAGAAGAUCCUCCAGCUGCUGUUAGCAGGAGGGGCCAAGGUUGAUGUCAGGGAUGGAGAUGUGGCAUCUCCGCUGCAUCUGGCUGCCCGCAGUGGCUCCAGGGCUGUAGUGCACUUGUUGAUUCUGAAUGGAGCAGGACUUGAGGACAGGGACAACCUCAAAAUGACACCACUGCACUACUCAACACUCAGGGACAACGUUGAGGCUGCCAAACUGUUGCUGCACUAUGGUGCAGAUGUGAAUGCCGUGGAGAGGCUUGGACAGACACCUAUGCACUUGGCCUCUGAGAGGGGUCACUGCAAGGUUCUGAAGGUCCUGCUAGACAAAGGUGCUGAUCCCGCUAUAAGGAGCAGCUGGAGAGAGACAGCAGAGGAUGUUGCAAGGGCACACAGUCAGCUAGGCAUAGUCCAGCUCCUUCAGCAACACCAGGCGGUCAGGAUGAGAGAUCAAGCACAGGACCGAGAGAAGAAAUAACAGUGAAUUAAGGCCUGUACGCAUUUAGAAUUAAAACUACAAUGAUAACUAUAACUAUAAAGUAUUAUUAAUCAUUCUAAUUCCAACUAUAAUGACAUAGAGGUAUAAUAUCCAUGGGAUUACUUUCAAAAGGACUUUCUUUCCAGCUGAUGAAUGAUUAAAACAUUGACAGCCAAUCAAAAUCCACUUGACUUUAAAGGGCUCAAGUUGUUGUUAUAUUUAUAUUUAUUGUUACCAUCUUGGUGUGAACAGGCCUUCUCCAACAGUUCGAGUCCACUGAUUUAAUAGGACAAGUGGUAUUCCAAGAAUACUUAUAUUUUGUGUAAAGCUUGGUUCAUACAUCGCUACACCAUUGACAACUGACCUUUUUUUUUGCCUGUGAAAUUUUGCAAAAAUGUGACUGAAAGUGGAACUACUGUUUGUUUCCUCUCUUACCCUACAAAACAUUCCCAUAGUAACCAUCAUUUCUGUCAAAAUAUACCACAAUUUUUUCUAUAGGGCCAUUACUAGAAAUCAUGGGACAUGGAACAAAUUAUUAAUUUUAUAUUUGUUUGUUUCUGUUUUUGACGGUGGUGGAUAAAUCCUCCAGUAAUAACUGUAGUGCCUAUAAUUUGUUGUCAUAACGUGUAUUAUAUUUUAAAGGUCUUUAUGGAAAUAAAAUCAUCUUAAUCGUUCAUAAACUGGGGUGACAAUUUGUAACAAAACAGAUUAAAGCACGCAUUAGAAUUGCAUAAUGUAUAAUGCUGAAAUCAGUUUAAUUGCAUAGAAGAAACUGCUAUGCAUCAAAAUGCAAAGGGGACGGGAUACUUACAAAGUUUAAAUCACAUUUUAUAAAGGAGAUAAAUAACAUCUUAUAUUCUCCCAAAGUGAAUGUAUCUGAUUGCUAUGAUAAAAAUUCAUUAAGUAAAGUUACUUUCUCAGUUUUAUAGAACAUAAAAUUGGAAACGUCAGCAAAAGGAGCAAUUUGGGAGUUAGUUGGGUAGAUAUUAUGGAGUAAAAUGUACUUAAAAUGUAGUGUACAGGUCCAUUUAUUUCAGUAAUUCA